AUGCAUGAGAAAGGAGCCUGCUCUGAAGCUGCCACCGUCUCCAGGAGCGGAGGAUGGGUGGGCUCUGCGGAGGGUGAGACAAGUGGCUCUGUGGGUCCCCAGCUCCCUAGUGUCAUCCUCCCAGGCCCUGCAGGGUGGACUUCUGCAGCUGCCUGGGUGCUCCGUGCCAGCCUCGCCCCUCCCAGGGCUUCGUCUUCCCCAUCCGUGAAGUGCAGACCGUCAGGCCCGCCCACCCUGCCAGACUCAGGAGGCCCUAAGAGUUCCCUGGGGUCACAGGUCCGGAGACCACACGGCAAGGCAGGCUGGGAAUCUGUGAGUCAGAGCCCACCCGAGAGGGAUCCACGUUCCAGAGGUGACGCAGACACCGUCAUCUCAACAGUGGUUCGGAGAACUCACCCUCGGCUGCUGGAAACUCGUCUCUCCACCACUUCCUCCACACGGAGACACAGGGUCCGCGGAGAGGGAUGGAGACUGAGAUUCGGGGAAAAGGGGCUCCUCAGGACGGUGCGGGGAGUGCAGGGCCACAUGAGGGUCUCCUGUCUUGACCAUGCACCCCAUUCCAAAGUGGUGACAAGUGUCCUGAUCUUGGAAGUGGAUCAGAGCACAAUUAGGACCCAAGGAGAAGGCUCUGCGCUGAAGGAAAGCCCAGAGCAGCCUGGUGCCCCAGGGGCCCCCCAGGUGCUCUCCCUCCCAGUUCCUCACAAGAACUACCAGGUCUGCCAGGCCGCCUGGGACGACCCAGGGAGGCAGGAGGAGCCGGGCACAAGAGCGGGACAGGGUCCUCUCGGGUCUGGCAAUGGUCAGCACGAGGACAGACAGCUGUACGGCUGUGAGCAGCAAGGUCUCUGCUGUGGGCACCGUGGAAUUGCCCCCCAGAAGGUGCCUCUCAUGCAAGCCCUUCCGGUCCAGGCUGGCAGGGCUCGGAGUCACUGGUACCAGCCUGCUGCAUGGAUGAAGCUUCCUGUACUUACGAUUCCCGGGAACACUGACUUCCUGGAGAGGCCCAGAGGUAGGAGCCAGCAGGCAGGAUACACGGCCACCGCGCUGUGCACAGAAAAGCGUGUCCACACAGGAAGAAGCGAGACAGAAAGGGAACACACUGUAAAGCGGCUCCAACGGCACUUACAGGUUGCACACCUCGAUACAAGGCUUCGGUUCCUCCAGGAAAAGGAGCACCACCAGACAGCAGCCUCCCUGUCAGAGAUGGUGCACGGAGGUGCUGCCGAGCGGCUGGCCUUGGCCGUUGGCUGCGGACACCACCUGCCUGUCCACCCCUGCUGCCGGCUGCGUGCGGGCGCUGACACACUGUUGGUUGCUUGUUUCCACACGGAGCAGCUUCUGGUGCUUGCGAGGUCUGUGCCACGAUGCUCAGCUUUGCAACAGGGCGUUGUCACUGAGCGUGUGGUCACUGCCAAGCAGAAUCGGCGCCAGUACACGACCCCAGACUGGUUCCACAGACGGGAGGAUGCAAAGGAUGGGAAGGGCAACCAGGUUCUGGACAAGGACCCGGGCAACGAGCUCCAAGAAGACCUGGAGCAACCGAAGAAGAUCAGGGCUCAGGGGCUGCGCCACUUGUGGUGCCUUCGAGUCCGAGCCCAGCACACGAAGCCCACUGGACGCUGUGGCCGCACUGUGGGCUGUAGGCCUGCUCCAUUAAUGGUUUACAUACCUACAAAAAAGAUAAUGUGA